AAUCUUCACACUCCCUUAAAUCACCCAGUCACCCCACCCCUAUAUACGAACAAACCAAUCUCUCUCUAUCUCUCUCUCUCUCAUAUAUAUAUAUAUAUAUAUAUACACAUAUAUGUAUAUGCAUUUUUUAAAUCAUGGGUGACCCACCAACCCUACUAACUUGCGCCAAAAGUAGACCAAGUUGACCAACCAUCUCAGCCUAUCGUGCGCCACCAACACCAGUUACCCUUACCCCAUUCGGCUACUAUACCUAUCACCACGUGUGAAAAAACUCUUUCUCUCUCUCCCUCUCUUUCCUGGCAAAAAGUCCAAGUCCAACGACCUAAUAGGGCCACCACCGGGACCAUGAGCUCCGCUGCCUCCUCCAGAGGCUCAUCUAGCCGCCCGCCCGCCGGAAAACAUCCGAUUUACCGCGGGAUACGGUGCAGGAGCGGCAAGUGGGUGUCCGAGAUUCGGGAGCCGAGGAAGACGACACGUAUCUGGCUCGGCACGUACCCGACUCCGGAGAUGGCGGCCGCCGCCUACGACGUGGCGGCGCUGGCCCUCAAGGGCAGAGACGCGGUUCUCAAUUUUCCCUAUCAGCCCUAUCCAGUGGCGGCUUCUUCGUCGCCACAAGACAUACGCGCAGCGGCUUCUGCGGCCGCCGCGUUAAUGAAGACAGAAGAGCCUGGCUGCGGCCCGAAGGUGGGGGAGGGGCAGCCCUCCGGGCCGCGGCCAGCAGAAAACGAAGCCAGUGGCGCUGCCGGUGGUGGCGUUGCACCGCAGCGUGGCGAUGAGUUUAUUGACGAGGAGGAGUUGUUCGACAUGCCGAAUUUGCUGGUAGACAUGGCCGGGGGAAUGCUGGUGAGUCCGCCGCGGAUUAACUCGCCGCCGUCCGAUGAUGAUUCGCCGGGGAAUUCUGAUGGGGAUAGUCUGUGGAGCUAUAUGUUUAACGAGUCUCUUUGAAGCAUCAAAUCUGAUCAACCCAAAAGAAAAAUCCGCAAAGUUUUUGAAUGCAGAUAGAACAGCAGUUGAACGUUCAAAAUUAUGAUGCUUAACAGUAAUUAAGAGUUAAGUAGUAGGGUUAGGGUCGCAUUAUCUGGGUAAAAAUGGUGGGUAUUAUCCAGUGUGACGCUAUAUGCACGUCAUCAUUCACAUCACUUAAUAGUUCACCAUUAUUAAAAAAAAAAAAAAAACUCCAUAAUUGCGAUCAACUUUCUUUGCUGAUAAAAAAAAAAUUGCCAGAAAAUUAUUUAUGCAUUAGGAUGGACCUAGCUAGUCUGGAUAUCAUGUGAGGUAGUAGUAUUAGAGCAACUUAACAAGUCACACUUGCGAAUUGAAAACAUCAUUCGUCCCCAAUUAUUAGUUAUUGUCGUUUUUUUUUUAAUCGAGAGCUGCGUCAAUAUUUGGAUUAAAAAAAUAACGUAUUCUUGUGAAUAAUUUCGAAUUCUCUGUUACACCAAUUAAAAGGUUUAGUUGAGAUCCUUUGAGUGGUGUAAAAGAAAUCAAAUCCAUUUACAAAAAUAUAUUAUUUUCGGGUCUGAUGUUUGACACGACUCUCCAAAAAUAACUUAUAAUUGAAGAAGGAGCUAGCUAGAGCGAGUAGAACCGAAAAAAUGCGAUAAUAAGAAUUACUACCGCAGUAAAACAUGCAUGAAAACAAGUCAUGUUAUGAUGCAUUCCGGUUUUAAUUCACUGUUGGGUUUUGAUUGGAAUUGAGUAGCUAGGGCGUGGCGUGAGAGUGUCAUUUUUGCUCUCAUGAGUGGAUGUCAGGUAUGUUGGGGUGCAAUUCUGGGCUACCUCUCAUCUUUUCUUUUUUAUUUUCCCUAAGUGGAAAUGCCAUGUUUUUGUAUGCUGUUUAUCCUGCAUAUAUAACACCAGUUAUGCUUCUCA